UUCUACUUGAGAGCAUUUUGAAUAAUAGUAAUCAUGACUGGUCGUGGAAAGGGAGGAAAAGGAUUGGGAAAAGGAGGUGCUAAGCGGCAUCGUAAAGUUCUUCGUGACAACAUCCAGGGUAUUACCAAGCCUGCAAUCCGUCGUCUGGCUCGUCGUGGUGGAGUCAAACGUAUCUCAGGAUUGAUUUAUGAAGAAACUCGAGGAGUGUUGAAAGUCUUCCUUGAGAACGUUAUUCGUGACGCUGUUACAUAUACUGAACAUGCUAAGCGGAAGACAGUCACUGCUAUGGAUGUUGUCUACGCAUUGAAACGUCAAGGACGUACUCUUUACGGAUUUGGUGGUUAAACUACAUUUUAUUUUAUCAACAAACGGCCCUUUUCAGGGCCAA